CAGAGAGUUUCCUGGCUCUGUCCUCGUUCGCAGAAUGGGUGGAUUUGUCUCCACUCCUCGGACCCACAUGGAAACUGGUGGUGACUCUCUUCAUCAGCCACCGAAACUGCUACUGAAUGUGAAUAUAGAGAACAGCUUGGGUGCAAUACAGGUCCUGAUGCAGCCUGAAGACACCGUUGCCGAUUUGGUGAAGGCAGCGUUGGGAAUUUAUGAUAAGGAGAAGAGGAGGCCACUAUUGAAGCACACUGAUCCAAAGUGCUACGACCUUCAUUAUUCUCCCUACAGCCUCCAAAGUUUGAAGUCAAAUGAGAAGUUGAAGAACUUGGUGUCAAGGAAUUUCUUUCUCCGCUCGAAGCCUCCUACCUCUUCUUUGUAGGCAGCAAAUGACAUUUGGUUUUGCAUUUCCUCCGAC